AUGGGAAUGAAGAGUAAUGAGAGUGUUGACCUCUUCUCUGUCUACCUGACUGGCAUCCCAGGACUGGAGGCCCAACAUGUCUGGCUCUCCAUCCCUUUCUUUACCAUGUACAUAGUGGCCAUUGUGGGCAACAGCUUAAUCAUGGCAGCGGUACAGGCGGACUCUGCCCUACAUGAGCCCAUGUACCUGUUCCUUUCCAUGUUGGCCAUCACUGAGGUGGGUGUCUCCGUGUCCACAUUGCCCACUGUCAUGGGUAUUCUUUGGUUUGAUGCCCGCAGGGUUAACUUUGAUGGUUGUUUGGCCCAGAUGUUCUUUAUUCACACAUUCUCCGGCAUGGAGUCAGGUGUCCUGUUGGCCAUGAGUUACGACCGCUUUGUAGCCAUCUACAACCCACUGCGCUACACAGCCAUCCUGACCCUGCCACGUAUCAUCUCCAUGGGCGCAGGGAUUACACUGAAGAGUGUGGCGCUCAUGGCUCCGCUUCCGGUUCUUCUGAGGCAACUGCCCUAUUGCCACAUUAACAUCCUCUCCCAUUCCUACUGCCUCCACUCGGACCUGAUCCAGCUGCCCUGUGCUGAUACCAAGCUCAACAGCCUCCUGGGCUUGUCCAUCGUUCUGGCCACGUUUGGACUGGACUCUCUACUUAUCGUGGUUUCUUAUGCACUAAUUCUUUACACAGUGCUGGGCAUUGCUUCUGGGGAAGGACGGAAGAAGGCACUCAACACGUGUGUGUCACACAUUUGUGCGGUCCUUGUGUACUAUGUGCCUAUGAUUGGCGUGUCGGUCAUGCAUCGCGUGGCUAAGCAUGCUUCACCCAUGGCCCACACCCUCAUGUCCAGCAUUUACCUCUUUGUGCCACCGGUGCUCAACCCUAUUAUUUACAGCAUUAAGACUCGCCCCAUCCGACAGGGAAUAGUCAGCUUAUUCUGCAAGAAGGAAUCAGUCUGA